GAGCUAUGCUGAGUCAGCAUUGAACGGUGACAGCUAGGACCCAUGAGGUGGAGCUGCGGCGGUGCUAUCCGCCCCACUACGAAACGUCAGGCUUCCGGCUGAGCCAACCUCGCGAACCCCGCGGUCAACAUCCAACUCCAACCUCUCAGCAUCUCAAAGGUUGGACGCGGCCACGUCUCGCCAUCAUGUCUCAAUCCCUUCGACCCUACCUCCAGGCUGUCCGGAGCAGUUUAACGGCCGCCCUGACGCUGUCCAACUUUGCUUCUCAAACCGCCGAACGACACAAUGUCCCCGAGAUCGAGGCGCAAAGCUCCCCCGAAGUCCUCUUGACCCCCUUGACCAUCGCCCGAAACGAGAAUGAGCGAGUCCUGAUCGAGCCGAGCAUCAACUCCGUGCGCAUAUCCAUCAAGAUCAAGCAGGCCGACGAGAUCGAACACAUCCUAGUCCACAAGUUCACCCGUUUCCUAACACAGAGAGCCGAAUCUUUCUUCAUCCUGCGGAGAAAGCCCAUUAAGGGAUACGACAUUUCGUUCUUGAUUACCAACUUCCACACUGAGGAGAUGCUGAAGCAUAAGCUGGUGGACUUUAUCAUUCAAUUUAUGGAAGAGGUCGACAAGGAGAUUUCGGAGAUGAAGCUCUUUUUGAACGCCAGAGCUAGAUUCGUUGCUGAAUCUUUCCUGACUCCGUUCGAUUAAAAUACCCUACAGCAAACGUUUUGUAAUCCAGGAGGUUGAAUUUGAGCAAUAUGUGGACGAGUUUUCUGUCGGGUUGACCCGGAUAUUCGGCCACGCUGAAGUCCUGGGCUAGAAUCAUGAUUUGGAGUGAGAUGUUGGCUCGAGCGCUGCCGAAAUGCCGGGAUCCACAAUCGUUCCGACCUUGAUAUUGAUCCGCAAAUCCGGAGCCGAGCGGGAACGACGGCAUGGGGCCUUGUACUUGAUACAAAAUCCAGAUAUGAUCACAGGACCUGAAUGGUAUACGUCUCGUGAUAUGCUUGGGGUGGCUAUGAUGCUCGCCAUUGCCUUGAUCCAACCAACAUGUCAGCACGGGAGCGGGGGUAUGUUGUUAGACAUGGUAUGGACAGCAUAGUAAUGGCAGGCGCCUUUCUUUGCGGAUGAAUCACUACAGUUGUAGGUAGGGCUGUAUUUUGUUUGACGGUCAUUUGCAGCAGUGCAUUGCUUCAUGUGAGUCUCAGAUGCAAUUCCAAUGCACAGCCAAACGCCGUUAUGUUGUUUGGAACCACGGAGGAUCGGCUUCUACAGACGUGAUAGUCUUAGUUUGUACUCAGUCAGAUCAGUAAAUAGGCAAGCCGGCUAAAUCAGACAGAUGAAUAGUCU